CAGCGUCAGUACUAGCCAAGCAAUUGUUAUCUGUCAGCUGCUGCAGUGAGGAAAUAAUGUUUCGAGGGAAUUUAUUGAGGAUGAACUUGAUUUGUGAUUGAUUUGACUUAACUGUAAAAAUAAGUAUGAAACUAUCAAUUUGGAAUACUUUCUUGUUUUGCUUGUGCUUUUAUAGAUUCACAAUAUACAUAGUUUCCAGUGAGUCAUGUUUGACACCAAAAGCCCAACCGGGGAACUGUAUACACAUAGAUCUGUGUCCACAUCUUCGCAAAUUGGCCUACAGCAGAACAAUUUCUUUACAAGACAGACAAUUGCUAACGAGUAGCACUUGUGGUGAUCGAAAGGUUUGUUGUAAAGUUUCUCCACUUAGUGGACCUUCUCCACCUAGUGGAUCGUCUACCAUUUCUACUACAACUGAAGCCAGCACAACCACGAAAGCUACAGCACAAGGUCGAACUCAAAUAAAAGUGACGCUGCCAAAUGAAACAAUUUGCGGUAUCAAUUAUGUGGACAAUCGAAUUUAUGGAGGAUCAGAAACCGGAAUAAGUCAGUUUAGAUGGGCAGUAGCUUUAGAGUACAACAUUGAUACUUCCAGGAAAGUGAAUUGUGGCGGUUCAUUGAUUAAUACUCGAUAUAUUAUCACUGCAGCUCAUUGUGUGUGGAAUAUUAAACCUGAACAAAUGAUUUUACGUUUGGGAGAGUGGGACCUGAAUCAGGAUCCUGACUGUGACGAGGACUAUGAAUGCAAUGAAGCUGUGAGAUUCGCCAACGUGGAACAAAUAAUUAUGCACCCAAGUUAUAAUAGGUCCAAGAUACACGAUAUUGCCCUUCUGCGAAUGCAAUCUGCUCUGCCCGCAAAUUACACGAAUCACAUCAUUCCGGUGUGUUUACCAAAAACGAAAGAACUUUUGCGUAAUUCAUUCUCGAACUACAAUGUGACGAUCGUUGGAUGGGGUUUUACUGAAGCAGUAAAAAGAAGUUCCCGAAAAAUGAGUACCAACCUAGUGACUACGGAUUUACGAAGUUGUCAGAAUGAUUUAAAACCGAUUCUGAAAAAUACCAUACUAAGUGAAUCACACAUUUGUGCUAAGGGAGCAGAAAAAAAGAUUCGGGAUGCUUGCCAAGGUGAUUCUGGGGGUCCGCUGAUGGCCAACAUGAACGGUUACUGGUAUCUGGUAGGAAUAGUAAGUUUUGGACCGCCUUGUGGAAGAACACAGCUGCCGGGAGUCUAUACUAGAGUGACCAGUUAUAUGGAUUGGAUCAAGAAGAACUUGUUUGACUGAGGGGGAAGAAAUUAGGCUAAGUAUGAUGUGUAAUUAGGAAUUGGGAGGAUUUGUUUGCUUUAGUAAAAAAGAGGGUCGCUUAUUUAUAAGGUUGUUUAUAAGUUGUGAGUUGUUCUCACUGAAACCUUUCUUGUUUAUUUACAUCUUAUUAAGCUACCCUUGACGAGCUAAAAAUAAGAGAAACCCACAAAAAUAUUAUUAUAAAUUAAAUAACUCAUAACUUUUCUAUGAAAACUACGCAAUGUUAAGCAUUGAUAUUUGUUUAAGCUUGAAAAUGAUGUAUUUUGAGUUUUUUACAGUGUUUUUUUUUCUCGAUGGACAAAGUUAUUACCUUCAACUUUGUCGGAAACACUGAACCAAUAAAACAAACCAUUUUGGCUCUAGUUUUUUUUUCUCAGAAGACACUUUGUUCAGUAAGAUUGAUUUUUGUCAGUCCAAGUUUUCCUUGUGUUAAUAGAACAACUAACUUUAGGAGUAUUUUCUGAGUCGAGUGCAUAAUAAUGGUAAAAAUGUUUUUGAGCUUGAGCUUGACGAUCCCUUAUUUCGUAGUUGCUGAGCUAGUGAAGUUGCACAAGGAACCACGAAUACGGCUACUUGGGAUUAGUUUGUCAUCCUCUGUGUACAACAAUUCAGUAGCUACCGCUUUGUAUAGAUCGACAACGGCGCCGGCAACGUCCUUACGAUCGUUAGGGUAGAGAAGGAUGUUGUAAGGAAGGAAGUGUCACAGUCGUUGUUGUCGAAGACCGACCGACCGACUGCACCUCCACGGCUGCGACGGAAAGGUAGGAUCUGGUCACCGGGACGAUUCGAACCAACUUGCACGUGAAGUUAACUUAUUACGAAGAUAAACGGAGGUAUAUAUUGCGAAAACGUUGGAUUAUCCACGGUAUGUAUCGACCGAAUUAAAAGUACUCCGGUUUGUAACGUGCUUGAACAGAACCAGCGAGUGAAUAAUCUCCGGCUAAAUGGUUACCGUGGGCCAUGAAUAGACAUCUUGUUACACCUCGCAAAGACU